UUAAAACAUCUUUAUACUAAUUGUAACGUACUUAUGGAAGGAGUAGGAGGAUCCUUAGGUGUGAGAAAAGGAGCUUGGAGUAAAGUGGAAGAUGAUCUUCUAACGGCUUGUGUACUUAAAUAUGGGGAAGGAAAAUGGCACCUUGUACCCUCAAGAGCAGGGUUGAACAGAUGCCGCAAAAGCUGUAGAUUGCGGUGGUUGAACUACCUGAAGCCGAGUAUUAAGCGGGGAGAGUUCAGUGAGGAUGAAGUUGACAUGAUGAAAAGAUUGCACAGACUUUUGGGAAACAGAUGGUCCCUGAUUGCUGGAAGACUUCCCGGUAGAACUGCUAAUGAUGUGAAGAACUUCUGGAACACCAACGUUCGCAAGUCGAAGGUAUCAUCUCGUAAGGAAGAGAUUCAAUAUGCAGAGCCAAAAGAAACAGUGAAACCCCACUCAGUGAUUAAGCCUCAGACUCGAACUUUGUCAAAACCUUCACCCUGCAGCUUGAGGAAGUGGUUCCCAAGCAAAGAUCAAGAUGGGACCACACAGUGCCAUAUAACUCAACCAUGUGCAGCUUCAACAGAGUGCAAUGAUAAUCAUAAUAAUAAUGCUAAAGAUAAGUGGUUGGGAACUGCAAUUGGAGAUAAUGGAAGCAACCUGGAGAAUGAUAAAUACUUCUCAGGAAACCAAGACUGGACGCUCAUGAAAGACUUUAACUUGGAUGAGGAGCUUCCUACCGACUUUCUUAUUGAAGAUCAAAGUUGGAGUGAUUUUUUUCUUGAUAUCAAUUUGUGGGAUCUAUGAGUUUAAAACAUGCAUGUAGUUUGGGAAAAUAAACGUGUGGAAGUAUGCUAGUAAUGAAGAUUGUGAGUGUGCUAGUAGUUUGGAAGAACUUAUUUGAAUUUAUUUUAUAGCAUAAGCGUUUAUGCAAAUGUUUGAGAAAACUUAUGUAAAAAGCUUAUGUUCGUCACC